UGGCGCCACAGUCAACUCUCAGCUUACGUGGGCUGCUGACACUAGUACCACUGCUCCUCCUCCUACUACUACUGCUGUUGCUGCGACCCAUCUACUUCCUUCUCAUACACCAGCAGCAAGUAUAUAGAAACAUGCGAGACCUCCUGAUGUUAAUGCUGGUGGGCGUGACGUUAGGGAGAGCCCCUCCCCUAAACGUCCUGAACCACUCCCCAUUCUUCAGCCAGCUUCGAUUCGAGGGCUCUGUCAUGCAGGACCUCUGGGACCAGUACACCGUCAAAGGCACUGAACCUCCCAUGCUUGAACACACACACUUGAAUGGCGCCAACUUCACCACGACUCUCCAGGGUAAAACAAUGAGGACAAUGAACAACAGGAUAAUUUAUGCCUUCCAGGGGAUCAGAUUUGGCGAAGCACCUAUUGGAGAACUCCGAUUUAAAAGAACUAACCCUGCUGGCGUGUACUGGGAAGAGGACGAGGUGCUUGAAGCUGACCAUAUCGGCGACAUGUGCCCUCAGAAAGCCAUGUUGGGUAAAGUAGCGGCCGGGAGCGAGGAUUGUCUCUUUCUCAAUGUCUACACACCUUAUCUGCCCGGAGACCUACCUGACGGAAAACUCCUGCCGGUCAUGUUCUUUAUCCACGGAGGAGCCUUCGUUAACGGCGACGCCUCCCUCUACCUGCCCACCAAGCUUCUCGACCGUGAUGUGAUUCUCGUGGUUAUUCACUAUCGUCUUGGCUCCCUGGGUUUCUUCAGUUUGGUCAAUGAUAAAGCUCCUGGAAACGCUGGUAUAUGGGACCAAAUCCUGGCUAUGGAGUGGGUUCGAGAUAAUAUAGACGGUUUUGGUGGUGAUAAAGACGGAGUGACUAUAUUUGGAGAAAGUGCGGGGUCAGCUUCUGUUAAUUACCAUCUGAUCUUACCUGCGUCUCGUGGACUCUUCAGGGGAGUCAUAGGAGAGAGUGGAUCGGCUCUUGAACACUGGUCCCACGAUUCUGACCCUAUAGGAUCUGCCUUUGCUGUAGGACAUAACGCAGGAUGCCAAACUAACGACGCGGAUGAACUGUAUGAGUGUAUGUUGAAUAUGACCGCUGACCACAUGUCCCUCAGUAUGGCAGCGUUUGUGGCUAAGGAUCGAAGCCAAGGUGGGAUGGGGUUCAAGGGCGCGGCGCCGGUGACCCAGGGGAGUAAUGUGAGUGACAGGCUGCUGGAACACGACCCAUUACAGUAUUUCCUAGACGGGAAUGUCACAGAUGUACCUCUUAUGAUCGGCGCCAACAAACAUGAGGGGUCCUUCGUCUUAGGCAUUAUGUAUGCAGAGUUCCUGGAGCCGAACAACCUGACUGACGACAAGCAUUACAUGAGGACCAGGAUGAUUGAUGAUUUAUUAGCUGCCUUUGGUGUGAUGGAUAAGACUGGAGGCCUCUCGGAGUCAUUAGCUGAUGCUUAUGUAGGCGACAGAGAUCUGGGAGAUUUUCCAUACGCCGCCCCAGGCCUAAUAGAUAUGGCAGGUGUGCUAUUCCUCAAAGCUGGAGCAUGGAUGACAGCCAAGUACCACGCCCAGACCACCGCCUCCAACACUUAUUUCUAUUCUUUUGAAUUUGAGUCUGAUGAUACAAUGUUCCGCUGGCUUUUCAUGGGUCAUAGUGAGAUGCCCUUCAGACCAGGGGUGACUCACUCAGACGACCUCAUGUACCUGUUCCCGCUCCCGGCAGAGUUAGAAGAUCAGCAGCUCGUUGUUAAAGAUCGUAUGGUGAGAAUGUGGACCAAUUUCGCUAUCUACGGGGACCCUACGCCUGAAGCAGAUAAGAAGAGUUGGGAGGAGCUAGACAUUGUUAAGUGGCAGUCGCUGACGAAGGACACCCAUUACUUCAUGUUGGUGCAGGAUGAGUGUAGCCUUCAAGUCGAGUAUCCAGACAGGUGGCAUAUCGCUUUUGAGGAAUCUGAUAACACCACCACCAACAGCGGCCCGACGUGGGAAGAGUACAAUAACCUACAACGCAAGAGUCAAGACUUUAUGAUCUCAAUGAUUGUGUUUAUCGUGGCAGCCGUAGUUCUAGGGGCCUUCGCAGUCUACGUUUUCUAUAAGCAACGAUAAACAAUGUUUGAUUGUUUUUCCUUGCAUUCUUAUCAUAGGUAAAAAGGUAAUCACUUCACCAAGAGGCAAAAAGCUAUCAAAAGAAGUCUUAUUUUUCGUAUUCAAUAACCGUAAAUGAUUAUAUAAGACUUGUAAUAUGAUCAGACUUUAUUUCUACUGAUUAUUACUUUAUCUGUUUAUUCUGUAAACUAAAAUAAUAUAAUUACUUGGGUUUCUCCAGAAAAAUGGGAUGUUGUAGAAGACUGACAUUAUCAACCGUACGAAUAUAUAGAUAGAUCAAGCUACGAUAAGCAAAGAUAAUUUUUAUAGUUUGUUAAAAGUAAAUAGGAGUAUACUUAAGCAAUUAUAACAUAGACACGGAUAGAUAGGGGUUGAAAAUGUUUGUGUCGUAAGUUGUACUAGAGUAUGGUUAUUCGUAUUUAUUACAAGGAACAGAUAGGGGUCAAAAUUUAUUUAUUCCAAAAGGGUGUAACUUGACGCUAGGAAUUAUAUCUAUGGGUGUAAUAAAAGCCUUGAAUAAAGUUUGUUGAAUCUUU